AUGACGUUGCUAAACAGCGUCUAUCAACCUCCACUGGAAUUAGAUCCAGCUGGCUCGUUAUGCUUUCCUCAGUUCCCACUACUACCCCCCGAGAUUCGGUUAAAGAUAUGGGAGCACUCCCUGCAACGCCACCUCCUGGUGCAGGUCAGCAUCAAAGCCAAGCGUGGGCUGCAGAAAAGACUGGCAGCCUGUCAACCUCCCUACUCUGUCAAUAAUGAGCUCGGGAUACCCAUCAGCGGCCCACGAUACCUCGCAGUCGUCAAGGGGACGACAGCCAUACAUACAUGGGAGAUCCACCACAAGCAUCCAGUCGACUACCGCAUCCUCCUAGCAGAGGAACCGAAGAGCGCGAGCUGGCGAAGCACAAUCCACAGCGCCGAGGAUGCAGAUAGGUACAUCCAGUACGAGAGGGGGACUCAGGCCGGCGCUGGCGAGUUCAGAGACACCAUGGACUGCAACAAUGGCACCAGGGAGGAAAAGAAGAAGUUAUAUGCCGACAUGUUCAAGGCUUAUACCCCUGGUAGCGACACAUCUUGGGACGAGUUCAAGAGGGAAGUAGAGGCGGAGACGGAGACGGAUACCAUGAAAGCGGAGGGAAAGCUGCUCGAGCAGAAGGUGCUUGCUGCAGAGACUGUCAAGACGGCUAUGGGUUUUUGGAGUUUUCCACUGGAAGCCCUCGGGAUUGAUAUGGGAGCCAGAGACGAUGAUCAGUGGAGUGGAGAUAUGGAUACCGUGGUGGACAUGUCGGGAUAUUGGCCAGACUUGGGAUUAUCGUGCUUGUCGUAG